AAAUAACCAAGUAGUGUACUAAGCAUCGAAAAUAAAAGAGAAAACUCGCCCAAUUCUGUAUUUACCAAAUUAAAAAUAGAUUUUGGCCGGCGUAAGAAGUUGUGCUAAUAUUUGAAAGUAGCGCGUAUCGGGCUUCAGUCCAGUUCUCAACACUAAGAGACGCCGAUCUCCGAAUAAUUUAAACGCCUUUUGUACCCCCCGAACAUUCGACAAAAUGGUUUAUGAGUCCGAUUUUUAUACGACCAGAAGGCCUUAUCGUACAACCCCCACGAUAUCGUCUUACACGAUUUCGGGAGUGCCUUCUAGACAAGUUAGGGUGUUGCCGGGAUUAGGAAAAGUACACGUGACUUAUACGUACGAUCGUAUAGUACCGUAUGUGGGGCACAAAAGGUUGACGGUCGUGACUGCUCCGCCGAAAGUAUGGGCGACGCGGCCCAGUGUCCUUCAACGCGAAUACGACCGCAUAGAAAGUAAACUUCGACCUUGGAACGGUUAUUCCGCGACAAAUCGCUACCUCAACUCUAAUUCGGCUGUGCGGACUUACUAUGUAAGCUACCCAAUAACGGGAUCUGACUACUACUCCACCAACAUAUCUUCAUCGUCCUCUUACCCGAAGUUAUACCGGUGGUACUAUUCGUUUCCGAAGGAAUACUAUUCGUAUUGGCCGUUAUACAGGACUUAUCUUACAAACUAUUUGAGGAACUACUAUUCGAACACCGAUUGGCCUAGUUACUAUUGGUCGACUUAUUUGCCUUACGUUAGGAAUUUGGACUACGAUUUUAGCGAACUCGAAAACCGAAUCGAUAAUUUGCGAAAAAGUGUUUACUUGGACACCCCCUAUCCAAUAAAGGCCGUGGAUUAUUCGUAUUAUCCAUAUUCUUACAGAACAUACAGGCCUUUAUCGCUCUAUUAUGAUUAUUAUUGGCCAUUGAGUAGUUUGAAUCGCUAUACUAAUUACUGGCCUUAUUAUCCUUACUACAGAUAUUUGUAUUAUAAAUAUACACUGCCAUCUGAUAGAUAUUAUCAUUUGAAAUAUAAAAUGAUUUUCCUACGAGAUUCGAUAAGUAACAUUAGAGAAUACAGGAUUUAUCCUACUCAAUCGUAUCUUCGUCACAAAAUAUACAAACCGCUUAGCUUGUAUUGUGAUUAUUACGAACCGAUUCGUUCCCUGUUUUGGGACACUUCGUAUUGGCCCCUAUAUAAAACUGUUGGAUCGCUAGAAGCGCAAUGUAAUAAAGGAACCGGCGAUAGAUUACAAAAAAUAUUCGAUGACGAAACAAGGUUGAUUCGCGCACAAACGGCGUCUCUGUUGAAACGGAUUCAUGACCCGGUUCCUCGUGUUCGUUCCAGCUGGCCAUUAACGGUCACGAGAUAUAACUACGAUGACGGCGGUUUACCUGCAAGAUUGUCAAAUGACAAUUAUAUUCAUCGCCUUCUAAUAACAUCACCCUCGUCUAAAACCGAGUACACUACUUAUUUUACCGAACCCGUUAAAAAAUAUAUCGGAGCUGGUCAUCUAGCAUCUGUAUCCUACGCAGGCGAUAGAGUUUACAGUCGCAGACCGCAUCUCUAUCUUUACGAAGAUCCAUUAAAAAGCGAUAUCCAGCUGUUGAGCUAUUACAUCAACAGAUUCAAGCAGGAAAAGGCAAUUACUGGAAGCGGCGAAUCUACCAAAGCUCCGUUGAAUCCAGCACGCGCUACUCGUAAAUUCACUGCCAAAAGAUUGGAAGAUAAUGAAGAAACUUCUAAAGAAAUGCAAAAAUUACGCGAAGCGAGAGCCGCCAGAUUGGCGUUUAUUAAUGAAGAAGAAAAACGCGAGAGAUCAUCCGUAGCAGUAGACGACGCUGUUAAAGCUAAGAAAAAGAAAGAAGAAGAACGAUUAGCGGAAGAAAAAGCUUUAGCAGAAGAGCAAGCUAGACGUGAUGCCCAAAAUAAAAAAGAAGAAGCAGCUAGGAGAGCCGAAUUAGCAAGACAAGAAGAAUUAGCAGCUCAAGCGGCAGCCGAAAGGGCUGCUGAACUAGAACGACAAGCAGAAUUGGCAAAACAAGAAGAAUUAGCAAAACAGGCUGAAAUAGAAAAAGCUCGUUUGGCGGAAGAAGAACGUAUUCGCCAAGAAGAACAACGUCGUUUGGAGGAAGAAGCGAAAGCCGAGGAAGAAAGAAAACAACUUGAACGUCUCGAAGAACUUGCCCGACAAGCUGAAGAAGAAAAACAAGCCGAGCUCGCGCGACAAGCCGAAGAGCUUGCCGAAUUAGCGAGACAAGAGGCUGAAUUAGCCGAACAGGCUAAACGAGAAGCCGAACUAGCAGAAUUAGCUCGACAAGAAGAAGAAUUAGCCGAGUUAGCAAGACAACAAGCGGAGCUAGAAGAAUUGGAGAAAAAAGAAAAAGAAUUAGCCGAAUUGGCCGAAAAAGCAAGAGAAGAGGCUGAAGCUGCACAAAGGGAAGCAGAUGAAGCAGUUAAAGAAGAACUUAACGCAACAACGACAGCAGAAGAAGCGGAAAACGCGGAAGAAGAAUUGGCUCAACAAGAAGCGGAACUGGCAGAAUUGGAAAGGCAACAAGCUGAAUUAGAUGCGCUCGAAGCUGAAGCGCAAGCUCUCGAAUCUGAUCAACCUGAUCCGGAACCCGAACUGGAACUUAAACCAGAUUAUACGGAAGAAGAGGAUGAAGAAGAAGCUAAAAGGCAAAGAGAAAUGGACGAAUUAAUACAACAAAAAUUCGAAUUAGCGGAACUCGAAAGACAACAAGCCGAACUUGACGCUCUCGAUGCAGAAGCUAGAGCUUUAGCUGGAGAUGCUUCCGAAGCCGGUGACGAUGAAGAAGAACCGGCGAUAGCCGAAGAUACACCGGUACAAUCUGACGUCGAAGAUGAUAAUUAAAUUUGUUUUUCAUCUCUUCUCUUUGUUAAGUUUGAUGAUAUUUAUUUAGGUUUAGAAUAAUUUUUUAUAUUUUUUCCGCUAGUUUUAUUGUUUUUUUUUACAUGCUUAUUAUCCUCGCAUUUAUCGAUCGCAUUUCUUUGUUUCUUUUUUCUGUUGAUUUAUCUUUUUAUUGGGAUUGUUAUACAGUCUUUAAAGUAAUGUCGCUCGCAAUCGCUCUAUUUAUAAUUUCGGUUUAAUAAAUGUUGUUGUUGUAAAAAAA